CCAUGACUGGAUCAUUGAAUAUAUUGGUGCAGAUAAUGGCCGAGGCAUGUAUGCAAAUGCCGCGCAGCUGCCGACCCGGGAUGGAUUCCGGGGUAGUUCGGAAUCCAUCCCGGAGGCAUGAAGUAUAUCAGCGAGGAAUACUUUAAGCUCCUUAAUGAGACAUUCUCCAUUUUGAAGUUGUCCAUCAGAAAAGUCCAUCUAGAAAGACAACAUCAAUCGAUAUCAUGGCAGAAAAAGUCGACGUUCUGAUCUGCGGCAGCGGCUCCGCGGGCCUCUGCGCCGCCACUUGGCUUGCUCGACAAGGCAUCCCUUGCAAGAUCCUGGAGCGUCGGGAUGGUCCUAUGACAAUGGGUCAGGCAGACGGCGUCCAGUGCCGCACAGUCGAGAUUUUCGAGAGCUUCGGAGUUGGCGAAGAGCUAUUGCGCGAGUCGUACCAUGUGCUGGAGGUCGUGUUUUGGGCAGAUGAUGGUUCGGGCGCUAUAUGCCGCACAGGCAAGACAGCAGACACCCAACCCGGAUUGUCCCAUCAGCCACAUGUCAUUCUGAACCAGGCGCGAAUUAACAUGCUUCUUAUCGAGCUGAUGCGAGAAUUCAACAACCAAGAGAUUGAUUACGGGUAUACCGUGACGGAUGUCAAAGUUGAGAGUCAGCUGUCGGGGGAUCCGGAGGCUUACCCGGUUAAGGUUACUGCGGAAAAAGACGGGAAAGUCGAGAGCUUUGAAGCCAAGUAUGUUUUGGCAUGUGAUGGCGCACAUAGCACUGUGCGCAAAGCACUAGGGUACAACAUGGUUGGCGAUAGUACCGAUGCUGUCUGGGGUGUCAUGGACAUGGUUCCACGAACGGACUUCCCCGACAUUCGGAAGAAAUCCACCAUCCGUUCCAAGGCAGGCAACCUGCUGAUUAUACCCCGAGAAGGAGAUAGCUACAGCCUGACCCGGUUCUACAUUGAGCUCCCGACUGGUACGAAGGCAAAGGAUGUCAGAUUAGAUGAUCUGCAAUGCGCCGCCAAGAAGAUCCUCAGUCAGUACCAGAUUGAGUUCGCGGAGACCGUCUGGUGGUCCGCAUAUGCGAUUGGUCAGCGUCAUGCCGAUUUCUUCCACAAGGAUUAUCGUGUUUUUCUCGCGGGAGACGCAUGUCAUACGCAUUCUCCGAAGGCGGGCCAAGGUAUGAACGUCAGCUUGCAAGAUGGGUACAACAUGGGUUGGAAGCUUGCUUCGGUGCUAAAGGGCUUGGCCCAUCCCUCAUUGCUGGAGACGUAUGUACUGGAACGGCAAAAGGUGGCUAUCGAUCUGAUUAACUUUGAUCGGUAUUUUGCCAAGUUGUUCUCCUCUCAGGGAGAUGCAUCGCCCCAGGAUUUUCAGGAGGGCUUCAUCAAGUCUGGGAAAUACACUGCCGGUCUGACGGCCCAGUAUGACAAAUCUCUCAUCACCUCCGAUACGGGGUUGUCGAAGAACCUCGCUACGAACGUUGCAGUCGGAAUGAGACUGCCUAGCGCACAGGUUGUGCGAUUCUGCGACUCCAAACCCAUGCAGCUGGCUGCAUCGCUCAAGUCCGAUGGUCGCUGGAGAGUUAUUGCAUUUGUGGGGGAUCUCCGCGUGUCGCAGAACAUGGUCGCCUUGAAAGCCCUUGGGGAUUAUCUUGGCUCUGACGAGAGCCCCCUCCACAUGUUUCGUGUCAAAGGCGGCGAUGCCGACAGCGUUAUCGAGCCGAUGCUGGUUGGAUACGGCAAACGAGAUGGCGUCGAGCUGGCGCAGGUUCCAGAAUGCUUCCGUCCAAUUACGGGCAAGCAUCAUAUCAGAGACCUUCACAAGAUCUUUUUCGACGAUGAGAGCUACGAUCGAGGCCAUGGGCACGUUUACGAGCAUCUCGGCAUCAGUCCUGACCAGGGUUCUAUUGUCAUCGUGCGUCCCGAUCAAUACGUAUCUGCUGUGCUCAGUCUAGAUGGAUAUAGACGAAUCGGCCCAUUCUUUGAGGGAUUUAUGACCCCGCAAAAGAGGCCGGAGCCGCUGGCCGGAAGCAGGCUGUAGUCGGUUACCGUAGGACACGCGUGUUCUGCGAUCCUGAUGACGAGGAAGUUCCAGCCACGCUUACCAGUGAGCAAAGUUUAAACAAGGAUAAGGCAAGCAAGCGGGGUUGGAUGAGGUUGUAUGGAUGACUACUCUUGCUGCUGGAAAAGUAUUUAUAGUACCAUUGCGAACACGUCGACUCCUAUA